AUGCCUCUUCCUAAAGGUUACAGCUUCAGAGCGCCCUCGGCCAAGGACCAUGCCCAAUACACAGAAACUCUUAAGGUGCUCACCAAGGUGGGAGACAUCUCGCCCGAACAGUUCCAGGACGUGAUUUACAACUGGGAAAAGUACUCAGACAUUUACCACCCUAGGGUCAUUGUGGAUGAAAACGAUACGGUUGUCGCCACGGGGAUGUUGGUGGUGGAGCAGAAAAUCAUCCAUACUUGCGGCAAAGUGGGCCAUAUUGAAGACAUUGCUGUGGCCAAGUCUCAGCAGGGCAACCGGUUGGGCGACUAUUUGAUUUCUCUGUUGACAGAAAUCGCCAAGGACGCUGGUUGUUAUAAGGUCAUUUUGGACUGUUCGCCUGAAAACGUUGGUUUUUACGAAAAGUGUGGCUACCUGCCUGUGGGCAUUGAAAUGGGCCACCGUUUUGAUUAG